ACAGCUGAGUACAAUUGGUUAUGGCGAUGGAAGUAAAGCAGAAUAGCAAAGAAACAAUAAUCGAACAAAGAGAAAAAGAAGAAGAACAACUGUGGAGCUGGGGAGCAGGCACGGAUGGACAGCUGGGCACCGCAAGGCUCCUAGACGAGCACCUUCCCCAACUUCUUAGCCUCCCUUCUCUCUCUUCCGCGGGCCCCGUCUCUAUCCUUGUGGGCGGUGCUCACGUUGUUGCCUUGACCUAUGGUGGGAAAGUGUUGACGUGGGGAAGGGGUAACUCUGGUCAGUUAGGCCAUGGGGACAUGGUUAAUAGCUUGUUAGCUCCAAAGCCUGUAAUGUCUUUGGAGAGUUAUUUUAUCACUCAAGUUUCAGCUGGAUGGAGCCACUCUGGAUUCGUUUCAGAUGAAGGGUGUGCUUUUACUUGUGGAGAUGGUUCGUUUGGUCAGCUAGGGCAUGGUGAUUACAGGUCACAUUGCUCUCCUGUUAAAGUAUCAUUUUUUGUUAAUAAGCAUGUUGAACAGAUAGCAUGUGGUAUGCGCCAUUCACUUGUCUUAUUGAAAGAUAAUUCGGGAAAUCAACUUUAUGGAUUUGGGUCUGGAAAGCGUGGUCAGCUGGGUGUUUCAACAGAUAGAAUCAAGUUGAUUAAUACUCCUCAGUUUACUUGUGGAUUUGAAGAUGUUAAAAUUAUCAGCAUCAGUGCAAAUGGAGACCAUAGUGCAGCAUUAUCUGCUGAAGGACAACUAUACAUUUGGGGAAGAGGGUUUGGUGCCACUUCAGAUUUUCUCAUUCCUCAACACAUACCCUCACCAUUGCUUUCUAAAGCUGUGCUUGGUUGGAAUCAUGCCUCAUUAUUAUCUGAUGAUGGAGAAGUUUUUAUGCUUGGUGGCAGCCAUCAUGGAGUGCUAAGCAAUCUUGAGAAAAUGAAUCCCUCAAAGCAUUUAUCUGGAGCAGCUCUUUUGGAGAGAGUCCCUGGUCUUGAUGGGAUGAAAGUUGUGCAAAUUGCAGCUGGGGCUGAGCACUCUGCUAUCAUAACAGAGGAUGGAGUGAUAAAAACAUGGGGUUGGGGUGAACAUGGCCAGCUUGGUCUUGGCAGUACAUGCGAUCAAAGUAUCCCGCAAACAGUUAGUUUAGGUCAUGAUAUUGAGCACAAGGAUGCCACGUUCAGAGUUUACUGUGGGAGUGGGUUCACAUAUGCCAUAAGGACGCUGUGUUCCCCUCCUUAACCCGGAUAUAUUCUGAUCGAGUACAAAGACCCUUUAUCCUAUAUACAAAAAUCAAUGGGAGCAAAUUUUUCUUGUUUCACGUACCAACGAAGGAAGAGGAACACUCUACCAAACACAAUCUUUUGAUCUGUAUCUUAUCUGGAAUGAGCAUUUAUCAAUGUGUCAUAUAUUUAGAUGAAAGCAGUUUGUAAAAUUAUCUAUGCAUGAGAAAGCCGUCGCCCGAGUCUAACACAGUUGUGGCGCUGCUUGCACUGUAAUGUAAUGUUUAGAUUCUUUGUGGGAUCAGAUGACUCUAUGGGUUGAAUUGGUUUGCUGAAUAGAAAUUUAAGAGUUGUUUCAUCA